AUGAUAGUCCUAUACAUCUCGACGAGCAGCGUUAGAGCUUCCAAACUGUCCUCAGUGGUCGUUGUGGCUGAUAUUAGGAGUAUAAUGUACUCUCCAGUAAAGCGCGAGGGGGCCGGAGGUGGUGAAUCAGCAAAGAAAAGGUCGAAAUCUAACACUUCUUUCGAUGAUACAGAGGCAGCAUUUGACCUGGCCCCACAGCAGAAGGUUAUAAGCGAGGAAAUGCCACACUCAGGAACGGGAGGAUUUUCUGCAGAUGUACCUACGGCUUUAGACAAUUUCGCGACUGACAACGCUACGAUGCCUAAGACAACACAACCGUCGAUGGAUAUUAAAAGGAAUAGCAGUACUACCGGACUGGCGCUUCCCAAGAAAGACGAGAAGAAGAAAGUCAAAGUACAGGGCAAGCAAUCAUUGAGCUCGUCAAUGCAACAGAAGGAAACGGUAGGGGGGAAAUCCGCUCAAGCGACACAGUCGGAUCCCAAUAAGAUGCAGGAUGUCUUAUUCUCCGCCGGUGUCGAUAUAAGAGAAGAGGAAGCGCUUUUGAGCAGUUCUGUAAACGCUUCCAAGUCACAGACUCAGGUAGUAAACGUCCAGAUACCUAAGCAUCCGCCUUUUUUGCAUCCAGAGCAACUGAGUGCCUUCAUGAGGAAGGUUUGCAAAACUCAAAGCUUUCCGCAGAACUUUUCCAAAAAUCCAGAGGUACUUCGAAUGGUGUCGACUGCCUGCGAAAUGUACAUCAAAGACAUAGUAGCCAAUUCCCUGGUGAUUUCACGGCACAGGCGUAAGGCGGUUAAAGUUAAUUCUGGUAGGAGAAACGAAGUGGCCAUGGUAUUGAGGUCGAUAGCAAUAGCUGAGAAGAAAGACGAGGAAAGACGUAUAAAGAAGAGAAUAGCUCUGGGGCUAGAGAAGGAGGAUCUCGAAAAUAAGAUGGAUUCGGAAGAGACUUUACACAGAGCCUCUAAUGUCACGGCAGGUUUGAGAGCAGGUAGUAAAAAGCAGUAUGGCUGGUUGACUUCAUCAACAAGUAAGCCCACUACACUUGGGACCAAAAGCCAUGGAAUGGUUGCGGCAGCUGUGGCUGCUAGGGGCGACAGCGGUUUGCGGUUCAGGGAGGCUAGGGAGGAGCCAGGUAUUGUCAUGCGAGACCUCUUGUACGCACUCGAAAAUAGACGAAAUGGUGUUCAUAACGUAAUUUCCAAGGGUUAUGCCAGAAUAAGAGAUUAG